CGGAUGGGAGCUGCUUCCGUCCGCCAUGUUCUUCCUGGGCCAGUCCAGCUGCUGAGUUCAACGGCGCUAGCACGCUUGUUUUCUUGCUUGACCAGUUGUGUCGGCUACAGAUUUUCAGCGAAGGCGACUUUUGUGUAUCUGUCGCUGUUUGCUGGAAGUCAGCGUACCGUUCAGGGCGCUUCUUGCUGCCUGCUGCAGCAGCAGCCGCAACAUCUGCCGCCGAAAUGCGCGUUAGGAAGAAAAAGCGUGGGAAAAGAAAUGAGGCAGGAAGAAAACGCUCGUCAGGAAGAACAUGACGGCCGACGCGAACGUGGUAGGAGAGGAGGAACUUGGCGCUACUUGGCGAAAGCCGAUCUGGGGACUUUAGGCGCCUCGGCGGGCAUCGGUGAAAGCACGGCUAAGCAUUUCGCCACUCUCGGCUGCUGGCUCUCCCUCACUGGGCGGAACACGGCGAAUCUCGAGAGAGUGGCAGACGCUUGCUGCGUACAAGGACUUCCUCGAGAAAAGGUGCUUGUCGUACCCGGUGACGUAACAGUGGAAAAGGACAUCGCAGAUGUGGUGCAGAGAACAGCGAAGCACUUCGGACGAAUUGAUAUCCUCGUGAACAAUGCUGGUAUUCCCAUGCCAGGGUCCGUUCAAAGUACCUCAAAGGAAGAGUUUAAUAGAGCGUGGCGGACGAACCUCUUCGGUCCGCUCUGCAUGAUCAAAAACGCUGUGCCCUACUUGCGUCAAACUAAAGGUAGCAUCGUGAAUAUUUCUAGUGUCAUAGGGUUGACUGCGGUUAUGCAUGGCGUGGCGUACGCUGUCUCUAAAGCAGCAUUGGACCAGCUGACUCGAUGUGCUGCGCUCGAAAAUGCCCCGUACGGUGUACGUGUGAACUUAAUCAGCCCAGGUUAUAUCAAGACGGCGAUGAUAAAACCACCUACUGUAAGCGUAGAAGAACAUAUGGAGGUGAUGGAGAAAAAGACCAGUGCUUGGCAUGCGCUGGAACGAAUGGGCACACCGGAAGAAGUGGCUCAAUGCAUCGCCUUCCUUGCAUCAGAUGACGCCGCAUUUAUCACAGGGACCACGGUGCCCGUCGAUGGAGGCUUCCUUCUUCUGUCCAGCGUCUCGGGUUCCACUAGUGUGUUUGAUGACAGAAGACUACAUGAUAUGCCAUGAACGUUGCCUUGUUCGGCCAGAGCAAAAUGCAGAAACUCACGCUCUUAGAAUGAACCCUUGUUUUUGUCUGGGCCCGCUAGAGCAAGGAAUGACGAAAACUGCAGUCUGCAAUACCCUAAAUAAUAAACGACCACUUAUUCGCGCAGAGAAUUGCUCACAAGUCUUUCCUGUUAUUAUGAAGGAAGCACAUAAUGCAUGCCGCCUUCUUUAAGCAAUGUACGCAAAAUGCAAAAUAACGUUAUGCGCUGUUUACCGUACGUGGCCUUGAUUACAUUGGAUGUGAAGUGUGCAUUGGGCUCUUCUUUUUUUAACCCCUUUUUGCAAAGAUAUCUCGUGACCCUGCCGCUUGACUCGCGUCUGUGUCGUAUGUUUUUGGGGUCAAGGCGUUCUGGCCUAUCUUUACACCAACAUCUAUGUGAAAGAGUCUAAUUAAACCAGCAGCACAAUGUUUGAUUAAAUAAAACGAAUAUUUAAUAUACA